AUUAGAAAAGAAAAUAUAAUUCUCUCCUCAAUUUUUAAAAGAUUUCGCAGUAGUCUCUCUCUACGACUUAACCAUUUGCUGUCAAGAAGAAUAAUGGGUGUUCAGGAAACGGACCCUCUUUCACAACUAAGUUUGCCGCCCGGGUUUCGGUUUUACCCGACUGAUGAGGAGCUUUUAGUUCAAUACUUGUGCCGCAAAGUUGCCGGCCAUGAUUUCUCUUUACCAAUCAUUGCCGAGAUUGAUUUGUAUAAAUUCGAUCCUUGGGUUCUUCCAAGUAAAGCAAUAUUUGGAGAAAAGGAAUGGUACUUUUUCAGUCCAAGAGAUAGGAAGUACCCGAAUGGAUCACGACCAAACAGAGUAGCUGGCUCUGGGUAUUGGAAAGCAACAGGAACUGAUAAAAUAAUCACUACAGAAGGGAGAAAAGUUGGAAUUAAGAAAGCUUUAGUUUUUUACGUUGGAAAAGCACCUAAAGGAACUAAGACUAAUUGGAUCAUGCAUGAAUACAGACUCAGUGAAUCUCCCAGAAAAAAUGGAAGUUCUAGGCUAGAUGAGUGGGUGCUUUGUCGAAUUUAUAAGAAGAAUUCUGGUGGACAAAAACCGGACAUUUCUGGUUUAAACAGCAAAGAGAUUAGUCACGGUUCUUCUUCAUCAUCCUCGUCUCAAUUUGACGACAUGCUCGAAUCUCUACCAGAAAUUGAGGACCGUUAUUUCUCCUUACCGAGAAUGAACUCUCUUAGGAAUUUACAACAAGAUGAUAAGCUCAAUCUUCAACACUUGGGUUCUGGAAACUUCGACUGGGCCAUACUAGCUGGAUUUAAUUCGUUCCCGGAAUUAGGUACCGGAAAUCAAGCUCCGGCACCGGGAAGUCAAUCUCAGUUGCAUUUGAACAACCAAAACAGUAACAAUAAUUUGAAUUUGAAUGAAUUUUUCGCUCACCCCACGCAAUUGAAUUUUCAUGGAGAUGUCAAAUUUGAAGGUGGAGUGGAUGAAGAAGUAGAAAGCGGGAUUAGAGCUCAACGAAUUAACAACUCGGGUUUCUUUCAAGAGAAUUCAACCGGGUUACAAGCCUACACGAACUCGGUACCUGACCCGUUUGGGAUUCGGUACCCGACCCAAACAGUAAAUAUGGGCUACAGUCGGUAAAUGGUGAAAGGUUAAAAGCAUUGAAUUUGUAAUACAGAUAAAUUUUGGGUGAGGGUAAAAUGUGAAUGCUCAUGGAUAUGUUCAGACAAAUUGGAAAUAUUGCGCUGAUUAAUGAGGUAGAAACGGGUAGAGCGCUAUUAUUCUUUAGUUGGGGACAAAAAAGCAAAAUUAACAAGAUUUUGUUUAUGUAAGUGGGCACAUAUACAAUGUAUUCUGUUAUACACACUGUUUCCCCUUGUACUAAAAUUUAUGCAGGGGAUGUAUUUUCUUUAAGGCUUAGGUAUUCUGCUUAGGAUGACAAAGUGCAGGAUCAGGUUAUUUUCCUUUUUAUGUAAAUUGUUUUAGGUAACGUUUCUUCCUUAGUCAUUUUCUUAAUAUAGUAAUUGGGAUGUACAGAAGUUACGACUUCUAAUGCUAAGUUGAAAAUCGAGCAUAUAUUCAAGAAAUCACAUUAAAAAAAAACGUGGAUAUUGUAAAAGUUAUUUGACUUUA